UCAUGAGAGUAAGCAUCGUGUGAGGGACAAAUGCUGACGACAAAACAACCAAAACCGCCAAAAAAUCGUCCACUGAGAGGAGAGAGCUGCAGGAGGGAACACUGGAUUUACUGGCAUAUCGAACACUCGUACUUCAACCUGCUGCAGAUGGCACAAAACUAACUGAAGGAGCGACACCUGAAAGUGAAAGUAACUUUGACAGAGCUUUCUAGUCUGACUGACUUUCUUGUCUGCUUGCUGUGUUUCUUUUAAAUCUUCACUCGGACACAAAAUGGCAUCGAGAUCAGUGGACGAUUACUCCUGUCCAAUCUGCCGUGAGAUCUUCAGUGAUCCUGUUGUUCUGUCAUGCAGCCACAGCUUCUGUAAGGACUGUCUGCAGAGAUGGUGGGGGGUAAAACAAUCACGUGAGUGUCCGUGCUGUAAGAUUAGAUCCUCUAAGAGUGACCCGCCUCGGAACUUGGCGUUGAGGAACCUGUGUGAGGCCCUCUUAGCACAGCAAGCGCCAGCAGAGCCUGAGGAGCUCUGCAGUCUGCAUUCAGAGAAACUCAAGCUCUUCUGUCUGGACCAUCAGCAGCCAGUGUGUGUCGUCUGUCGUGAUUCCAAGCUGCACAACAGCCACAAAUUCAGACCAAUUGAUGAAGCUGCUGCAGAUCAAAAAAAGGAGCUCCAAAAAGCCCUGAAGCCUUUACAGGAGAGACUGGAGAUCUUUGCAGAAGCGAAAGGUAACUGUAAUCAAACAGCAGAUCAUAUUAAGGUCCAGACACAAAAUACUGAGAGGCGGAUUAAAGAGCAGUUUAAGAAGCUUCACCAGUUUCUACAAGAAGAAGAGGAGGUCAGGAUCUCUGCUCUGAUGAAGGAAGAGAAACAGAAGAGUCAGACGAUGAAGGAGAAGAUCGAGGCUCUGAACAGAGAGAUAGCAGCUCUGUCAGACACAAUCAGAGUCACAGAGGACGAGCUGAGAGCUGAUGACGUCUCAUUCCUGAAAAACUACAAGGCUGCAGUGAAAAGAGUCCAGCAGCGCACCCUGCCGGAUGAUCCAGAACUGGCCUCAGGAGCUCUGAUAGACGAGGCCAAACACCUGGGCAACCUGACCUUCAACAUCUGGAACAAGAUGAAGGAGAUCAUCGCAUACACUCCUGUGAUUCUGGAUCCAAACACUGCCGACCAUGAACUCGUCCUGUCUGAAGAUCUGACCAGAGUGAGACAUGGAGAGCGGGGACAGCUUCCAAAGAACCUUGAAAGGACCAAGUUCUCCUGCUCCGUCCUGGGCUCUGAAGGCUUUAACUCAGGGACUCACCGCUGGGAAGUGGCGGUUGGAGCCAACAGGGACUGGGAACUGGGCGUUUUGGGAGAGCACCCCCAGAAGAGCGGACGCCUUCUGUCUGUAUUGUGGAGAAUCAUGUUCUCAGACGGUAAAUACACAGCAUUCUCCACGGUGGGUUCAGAGCAAGAUCUGCCAGUGGAGAAGCAGCUUCAGAAGAUCAGAGUUCAUCUGGACUUUGAUAAGGGCAAACUGGCGUUCUCCGAUGUUGAUACUGACACACUUAUACACACGUUCACACACACCUUCAUACACACCCUGUUCCCGUACAUUUACACUGAAAAUCAGGUUCCGCUGAUGAUUAUGCCAGUCAAGUUAUCCGUGAAGGGAAAAAUAUGAAAGCCAGAGAAAAUUGGUAAGCAGUCGUUAACAGAUUUUUUGCUUGCUAUAUUAAUUGCUCGGCUGAAUAGAGGGCUGUUUAAUAAAAUGUUGGAUUUAAAGUAUUAUUCCUCAAAUAUGUUGGAGUAUUCUGAUUCUAUUUUUACAGUUUGUUGUGUGUGGUGGUUCCUCAAGUCACAUAAACUACUGAUCCAUAAAAAAUUAGAGGGUGACAGGUUAUAUUGGAAAGGUUGUUAAAGGCUUUUACUGUUCCACGCUGUUUAUAUAUUAUAGAUGUCGAAUGAAUAGUGAGCUACUGCAGAACAAAUCUCUACUGGAUAUCUGUGCCAAAAAGAACAAUAAUGGAGUCUUUUUUUUUGCAGUUCAGCUGAGUUAGAAUUAUUUUUGUUGUUAUAUAUGUGUUUAGUUAUCAUGGCAUUUGUGGUUCCUUAUGUGGGAGCGUAACAUUUACAAAACAAUGUGGUGAACAGGGUUUGUGAUUUUUAUUUUAACAUGAUUGUGACUCUGGGGAGAUAAACUGUGAGAUUUCAUAGCUGUGGACACAUUUUCUUUAAGAAGUUUUUAAGAAAUAACUGAUGUAAUACUUUGAUUAAAUAGACCUGUGAAUGUUUAAUGAUGAUCUAUUUUUAGCGUAUAGUUUGUAUAGUGCUUACUAGUAGUUGUGGUGAUUGUGUUGAUGGGGAGGGGAUGAUGUUUUAGGGAUGCAGAAUUUAUUUUUAUUUUUUUUACUUUGAACUCUCUGAAUGAAGAAAUCCAUUUUUAAGCAGAAAGACAGAUUAAAACGCUGCACGAUGUCGCUGAAAUAUCAAUAAAAUAGAAAGAGGUUCAUUUGAGAGAGCAGGCAGACGGGUGGUGUUGGCUUAAAAAAAUAGAUUAGGAGUAUAAAUGAACAAAACUAAUUCAUUUUUGUAGCAGAAAUAUAAUUUUGUUGUGUUUUUUUCUUUUUUUGCUUGUACUUCUCUGGUUGUGGUACCAAUAAAAAGUAGGUUAAAGGAU